AUGAGGUUUAUUUUGUUAAUUACACUGAUUAUAGUGUCGGUGGUAUGUGAUACGCAAGAACGUAGUCCUCGUGUUAUAGGUUCGUCAGCGCCCAUUACAAGUAAUGAUUUAAUAGAGGAUAGUUUAAUCAAUAAUGAAUUAGUGGUAUCUUUUGUGGUUUUUAGACAUGGAGAUAGAACGCCAGAUCAGGCCGAGUUGGAUUUGUAUCCUGCUUGGCAAAUUGAUGAUAAGGUCUUUUUUCCGUAUGGGAAAAAAGCAAUAACUAUCGAAGGUAGACAGCGCGCAUUCCUUUUGGGCCAAUAUUUAAGAGAACGAUACAAUGAGAGCAUCAGUGAGUUGUAUUUACCAGAGGAGAUAUCGGUUCGUACUACUGAUUACUCGCGAACUAAAAUGUCGGCUCUGGUUAUGCUAGCGGCAUUGUAUAUGCCACAGGAUAGACAGAGAUGGCACCCAGAUAUUAAUUGGCAACCCGUACCAUACAACACAUUACCUUUAGAGGAUGAUGAUCUUCUCUACUUCGAUCACUGUACUUGGUACAACCAUCUCAAGUACAAAGUUUAUGAAAUACCUCCGAUACGCAACAUAAUUGAUUCGUACCGAGACAUGUUCAAAAUAUUGAGUGUGGAAACUGGAAGGAAUAUAACAACGCCUGAAGAAGUAUUCUUUUUGGAUAACCUAUUUCAAGCGAUGGCUUUUUCUACGGUGACGAUUCCGAAAUGGGCUGAAGAGAUUAUGCCGCAGAUAAAAAACAUGACUAAGAUAGAUUAUUACGUCCAAUACUACAACAGGGAAUUGACAAGAUUAUCAUCAGGAGUACUCUUAACAGAUAUAGUAAACAUAACGAAGGCUGCUAUUGCUGGUAAAGAAGUACCGAAGUUACACCUGUAUUCAGCUCACGAGCAUAACGUCGCAGCGCUGUUAGCCGGUCUUAGAGUGUUUGUACCGCAUCAACCUAAGUACGGAUCGGCCGCAUUCUUGGAAUUGAGGAGAAAUCGGGUCACUGGAAAAUACGGAGUUAUGGUCAUGUAUGCCCCAGAAACUGGAGGACCCGGUCUAGUUCUACCUAUUGAAGAUUGCGGGGGAGAGCCAAUAUGCGAUUACGAUAAAUUCAUUAGCCUCACUCAAGAUUUGUUAUUAUCACGCCAAGAAUACAAAAAACUAUGUUCGACCCAUGUUAUGUCCUAAUGAAUUUGUCGAAAAUGUUGAUUAAAGAUUCAAAUCAAUGAG